GAUUUGAGAUAAAUAAACAUCGUGCAACAGCAAUGAACCUUAUAUACUGAAGUAAGUUCUAAAGAUUGUUCUGGGCUUCUUGAAGCCACUAAUCUACAUCCACCACUUUCUAUACCGACCUACACCACUAUGGCUGAUAGCGACAGUGUCCGACAGAGGUGGCACGACGUCAACAAAGAGAUAGGUGUGUCUGAAGUUGUCGCUGAGAGGUGGUGGGGUGUUGUAAGAGACCUAUACAGUGAUCCAGCCCGACAUUACCACACGCUCCAACACCUACGAGAAAUGUUUCAGCACUUCGAUUUUGCAGGGGGCCACAUUACAUUCUGCUACCCUCGCUUGGUCACACUAGCCGUCUUCUUUCAUGAUAUUAUUUAUGAACCAAAGAAACCAGAUAAUGAAGAGAGAAGCGCAGACAAGUUUGAAGAGUAUGCUGCAGAGGUCAAUGUGCUGUCUGACGUGGAUUGUAAGAAGGUGAAGGACUGGAUAUUGCUCACCAAAAGUCACACAGCAUUGAAGGGAGACAACUCGGGUGACGAACACUAUUUCCUGGAUAUAGAUAUGGCUGUAUUAGGAAGACCAGUGGCAGACUAUGACGAAUACGCAAACCAAAUACGGGCAGAGUAUAUCCAUGUUCCAGAAGAAAUUUACAGAUCAAAGCGAGCACAGAUUCUGGAAGACUUCUUGACAAGAUUACCUCUAUUCAGCACCAAGCUAUUCCAGAAACAAUUUGAAGAUCGGGCGAAGACGAAUCUGAUACGGGAGAUCGGAAGGCUUCGGGACAACUCCAUUCCAUUGUGAACUAAGACCAAUAUAAUUAACAAAGAACAUACUUCAUAACAAAAUAAUAACUUUAUUAACUUCACAAUCGUUUGGCAUGAAUGAGUAUGAUAUUGUACAUCAAGCAUGGACGGUGAUCUUGUGGAAACAUUUAUACAUAAUAAGUUAAUCUUUUUACUUGUACAGGUAUAUGAUACAUCUCUUGUGUGUUGUACAGUUGUACAAUACAUACUUGUAUAAUCAGUAUUUAUACAGUGUUUGUUUCCUCACAUUCAUUUUUCAAACAUGGAGAUAAGUGUAUAAA